ACGGACACGUGUACAAUAUAAAUUUAUUUGUAUUUUUACUUUUUCUAUUAAAAAAUUUAAAACUAAAAAAAAUUUAUAUAUCCAAUCAUAACAUAUUGAACACGAAUCAGUAUAGACAUGUGUUGAGACACUAUGAAAUGAAUAGGCUAUAAGUAGAGGGGCUUGAAGUAGUGAAGAAGUGUACCUAGUAGAAUCCAAAAAAAAAAAGAAAUGGCUUCGGAAUCAUCGUCGGCGGUGUCGGCGGUGUCUCCGGUGACGGCGGAGGAGUUAACUCUGACGGUGAAAUGGAGCGGCAAAGAGCACACCGUCAGAGUCUGCUGCGAUGACACCGUCGGCGAGUUGAAACGGCGUAUAUGUGAAGUUACAAAUGUUUUGCCCAAGCGGCAGAAACUUUUAUAUCCAAAAGUUGGUUCAAAACUCGCUGAUGAUUCUCUUCUUCUCUCGCAGAUUCCGCUCAAAGCCUCUCUCAAAAUGACGAUGAUCGGGACAAUUGAAGAAGAUAUAUUUGUGGAUCAAGUGGAGUCUCCGGAUAUCAUUGAUGAUUUUGAGCUUGAGCUAGAGGAAACUGUUGAUAUUAAGGAUAAAGAAAUCAACCAACAGAAGUUGAGAAGGCGCAUUGAGCAGCACAAGAUUGUUCUCCGUAAUCCUUGCCGUCAAGGUAAAAAGCUGCUUGUUCUGGAUAUUGAUUAUACUUUGUUUGAUCACCGGUCAACUGCAGAGAACCCACUCGAACUCAUGAGGCCUUAUCUUCAUGAGUUUCUCUCUGCUGCUUAUACAGCAUAUGACAUCAUGAUAUGGUCGGCUACCAGCAUGAGGUGGGUUGAGUUAAAAAUGGGACAACUUGGUGUACUCAAUCAUCCGAACUUCAAAAUUACAGCUCUGCUGGACCAUAUGGCCAUGAUAACUGUACAAUCUGAUCAUCAUGGAGUGUUUGAUUGCAAGCCGUUAGGCCUAAUUUGGGCUCAAUUUCCAGAGUUUUACAGUCCCCAAAACACUAUAAUGUUUGAUGACUUGCGAAGGAACUUUGCGAUGAACCCACAAAGUGGGUUGGUUAUAAAGCCAUUCAGGAAGGCACAUGCGAAUCGGAGCACUGAUGAGGAGCUCAUGAAGCUUACUCAAUAUUUGUAUGCAAUUUCAGAUAUUGAUGACUUGACCCUUCUCGAUCAUCGAGACUGGGAGUUCUUCGAUUUGAAAAGUUUCAAGAGAAGACGCAGAAAUGCCUAAGCGCCGUGUGCACUCUCCCGAAGUCGAUGGAAUAACUGCUUUGUGUUUAGACAAUACAAAGAGAAAUGUAUCAAUUCUGUUCCAGUACUAGAUGUAUGCUUCAAAUUAUUAGGUAGAAGGAACUGUGUUUUUACUUAAGUCUAUCUUGUAUUUGGAUGAACAUGUUUUUCGUGUUAAGUUAAGUUACUUAUUCGGCUA